AUGGAUUAUGACCUGUGUGAACAGUUUGAUACAUUGAGAAAAUAUUUACCCGAUGACUCAAGCAAUUCUACAACUAAUGAUAUUAAUAAUUUAGGGAACAUUAAGUAUUACUGCUCUAAUGUAGCAUCAGAGAAAGCAGAAUGUAAGACAGAUAUCGAUAAAAUUAAGGCUGGAUGUUUAUGGUUGUUUGAGCAAUUGUUUUUGGAAAAAAAAAAAAAAAAUAUCAAUACAGUUGAAUACAUUAUCAUAUGGUUAAGUUAUAAACUAAAUCAAAAUACAUAUGGCGGAAUCAACAAUCUAAAUGAUUUUUACAAUAAACAUAUAGAAAAUAAUACGCAUUAUACUAGUUGUAAACAAGGUGGUGUAGAUUGUAGUAGCCAAUUAAAUGGUAAUACGGGAUAUACAAAUUAUAAGGAAAUCAUAGGUAAAAGAACGGGAUUGUUGAGUACUAAUAUUGGAAAUAUGUCUAAAAUUUAUGAUGCAUUUAAAUUAUUAUGUAACAUAUAUACUGAAAUUAAUGCAAAAGACACACAAAAUAAGAAAUAUUUAGAAAAUGCUAGUAAAUUUGUUGAAAAAUAUAAUGAACUUAACGAUCCUAAUAAUACUAAAGAUGAAGGCUAUUAUCAAGUAUUGUCUACAUUAUUAAAUGAUUAUAAUAAUUUAACAAUUUUUUGUGAUAGUAAUGGCGUUGAUUGUAACGAUAUUCCAUCCCUUACAUCGUCAGAAACAGAAGAAAGUGGUAUGCAAAGUUCUGAAAAAAUUUGUAAUGAUACACCAAGCUUCUCGAUAGUAAAAAAAUUAAUUCUAGCUUUAUUAAUAUUCAGUACAAUAUCAAUCUUUUUGGGAAUUUUUUUUAAGUGUUCGUUAUUUGUAUUACGGAAAAGAGCUCAAAAAGAAUAUUUAAGAGAAAAACUAAAAAAUAUAAAGAAGAGAAUGAAUCAUUAA